AUGGCUCAGCACUCGCUGUGCAUCGUGGGAGCUGGCCCUGCUGGCCUGCAGCUUGGCCACCUCCUGGAGAAGGACGCCUCGCAACCGGGCGAUUUUGUGAUCUUCGAGAAGGCCGACACUCCUGGCAAUUUCUUCAGACGUUUCCCAGUUCACCGGAUGUUGAUCAGCUUGAACAAGAGACACACGCGCAGCCAAAGCGCCGAGUUCCGCAUGCGGCAUGACUGGAACUCCCUGAUCGGAACAGGCGAUGUGGGGAUUUCUCCUGUUACGGCCAGAACAACUGAGCUUUAUCCACAUGCAGACGUCGUAGCGACGUACUUGGAGGACUUCGGAUACCACUUGCAGAAGAAGAUCCUGUACAACAGCGAGGUCCUCCGGGUUCUGCCGAGCAGUGGGCACUUCGACCUGGACCUUGCGCGGCCCAGCGGCCGAGAGCGGCAUCGCUGCGGCCGUGUGGUGCUCGCAUCUGGUCUGAAACCCAACAAGCCGAGCGACAUCAUCGGAGAGGAGCUGCUGCUGGGGUACGAAGACCUGCCGAAGACCGGACAGGCCUUUGAGAAUCAGUCGGUGCUGGUCUGGGGCUUCGGCAAUGCUGCGCAUGAGACCAGCCGCGAGGUCCAGAAGUUCACGCAGGCGGUGACACUGCUCCAUCGCACCCCGCCGCCCUCGCCUUUGGCCCCACGGGCCUCGGCGCUUCCCCGCUUUGCGUUCUUCACGCACUACCCGGGCGACAUCCGGACGGUGACUAUGCAGAUCUAUGACUCGUACCUGCUCAAGGCGCUGGACGUGAAGCUGGCUUAUGCGGGGGAGGAAGAGGAGCCCGUUUUCCUUCGGUGCCUGCGGCGGCUGCUGUGCGUUUGGGUGUCCAAGCGCAGUCGAUGUGGUGGAGCAGGCGACGAGCGCCGCAUCCUUCCGAAUCGCGUGGUUCCGGCAUCCGCGCCUCGGCAGUGCGCUGUCUCGGUGGGCCCGAUGGAGGCCGGGGACCGGGUGGCGGCCCCCUUGCUCACGCUCCUGCGGUCGCUCACCCGUCGCGGCUUGGCCGUGGAGGGCCGGGACUUCGCCUGGGAGGCACCUGCCGGGGAGCAUCCGGCAGCACGGCUGCAAUAUGCUGCUCUGGACUCUGGUAAGGUUGCAGCCGAAGAAGGGAGUGAGGAAUGGUUGCCACAAGUUCCGAUCUACUUCAGGAUCGGCACAGGCGAGGGCCUGGCCUGGAAUGCCGCCUUCGCGCGGCGCGGCCGGCGCCUGGAGCUGAGCUCCGAAUUCCUCGCGACGCAGCGGCCUCUCAUGGACCUGGUGGCCAGGCUGCGGCCUCUGCUCAGCCAGGAUCCCUUGCGCCAUCCGUUCCACGCGGGGAUCCGCUGUCUCGGCUGGCGCGCUGCCUUGCCUGACGUGGCAAACCUGACUGAGACAGGCAAGUAUCCGAUCAUGGACGCCUCGUACCAGUCCACAGCCAUUCCAGGGCUCUUCUUCGCAGGAGCCCUCAGCCAUGGGAGGGACUAUCGACGUUCGGCUGGUGGCUUCAUCCAUGGCUUCAGGUACACGGCCCGCGCACUCCACCGAAUCCUACGCUACAAGCAAGCGGGUUGGCCGAAUGCAUCCUAUGCAGUGGAUGAGGAGCCUUGGAUGCGCCAGGUGCUUGGCCGGAUCAAUGAGGCCGCAGGCCCGUAUCAGAUGUUCGGUGAGCUGGUGGACGUGCUUCUUUUCAAGGCAGGCCCCGGUGGCUUGCGAGUGCACUACUUCGAGGAGGUGCCCAUGGCCUACGCCCAGGAGAACAGCGACUUCCGCACCCACCCGCGCUUGCUUCUCAGCUUCGUGUACGGCCGCCAGUUUAGCCCAGGAGACCUGCCAAGCCCUGGGGCAGUGGGCGCGGAGUUCGCCGAGCUGUCCGCCUUCCUCCACCCUCGCCUGGAGCUCUUCGAGGCCUCCCCAGGUGCUGGCCACUGCUUGCCGGUGGUGACCCACUCCGUGGUCGAGGACGUCUUCACCGACUGGCAGUCCUUUGUGGGGCACGUCGAUCCGCUCUUCCGAUUCCUCGACGCCUGCGCCAGGAUGGCAUCGGAAUGGCUGCAGGUGAAGAAAGCAAGACGCGCCUAG